AUGCUGUCGAGGCGAGCGGUGUACAUCUGCGCCGCCCUCCUGAUCUCCAGCUAUCUGGUGGCCAAGCUGGCCUGGCAGGCUCCCCAGAAUUACGAGCGCGACGAUAAAGUCUGGAGAAGGCGGCAAGACCCCAGCAGCACAGACAUGAUUAUGGUCUUUGCGCUUGCGGCGCUGUUCGCAUGCGGAGACGCGUUCUUCGAGUCGGGGCCUCCGGCCACGCUGCAAACCUUCUACGCCAGCUCCGAUAAGCUCGUCCCUGCCAUGGCGAACGCCAAGCUCUGGCAGAGCCUCGGCUUCGCCGUGCAGUUUCCGAUUGGCGUGGCCCUGGCAGACUACCCUGUCGUCAGGAGUCUGAUCUUGCUCGUUCUUUUGGCCGUGUCUGUUGUGAGCCUGCUGAUCUUGGACCGCCGCGUCGAGAGGCUCGACCCACUGGCCGCAGCCUCGUGA